CUGAAAACCCAGUGAGGAGAUGAAGAAUACAGAGAGGAUAGACACCGCGGAUAGAUCCUGACCAUCACCCAAGAAAAAAACUGAACAACUGUGGAGAGACGGUCAGUCCCUUUGCAGCAUUGCUCAACACAGGGAAGAUUGCACAGUAAAAGCAUUGUAUGGAAAUCGGUCGGGUCAGGAGAAUUUUGACAUAUCAUCAAAUCAGAAACUGGUCAGUGGUAUGGAGCCUUCCAUCAGAACCAACCUUUCUGAAGGUUUGGCUGUGGGUAAUCGGUCAAGGUGAAGCUGGGAAGAAGUGUGACUGGGCUCCAGGUGUGGUGAGAGCUUCAAUCAUUCAUCGAGCCUCAUGAACCCUUGACUCAUUCCUACUGGGGAGAGGCUGUUCCAGUGUGAGGGGGGCUCCACGAGCUUGUAUGAUCCUCAAACACACAAGGUGCAUCUGCUGUACAACUGUUUACACAAGAAUAGCUUCAUGGAAGAGAAAACGUUUAAGUGCGAGGUUUGUGAUCAAGCCUUUGCACACUCAUCAACACUUGUGAAACACCGACGGAUCCACACUGGGGAGAGGCCUUUCAGGUGUGAAGUGUGUGGCAGGGCCUUUGCCCAGUCCUCUGGCCUCAUGUACCAUCGGCGUCUUCACACAGGGGAGAAACCAUUCACCUGUGAGGUUUGUGACAAAUCUUUCUCGCACUCUUCCCACUUUCGAAGGCACCAGCGCAUGCACACUGGGGAGAAGCUGUUCAAAUGCGAGGUUUGUGACAAAGCCUUUACUAGCUCCUCGACUCUCCUGAAUCACCAGCACACCCAUACGGGGGAUAAACCCUUCAAGUGUGAGGUGUGUCACAAGAACUUUGCACGACUACUGACCCUGGUGAAUCACCAACGUGUGCACACCGGGGAGAAGCCAUUCACGUGCGACGUGUGUCACAAGUCAUUUUCGCAGUUACCGAACCUCCGCACGCACCAACGCAUUCACACAGGGAAGAAGCCAUUUCGCUGUGAGGUCUGUGAGAAGACUUUCACCCGGUCCUCUGAUCUCCUGAGGCACCAGAGGAUACACACUGGGGAGAAACCCUUCAAAUGCCACGUGUGUAACCAAGCGUUCACACAGCCAUCAACACUGCUGCAGCACCAGCGCACUCACACUGGGGAGAAGCCGUUCAAGUGCGAGGUAUGCGAUAAGGGAUUUGCACAGUUAUCAGGCCUCCUGUAUCAUCGGCGCAUUCACAGGAGAUAACUAUUGAAGUGUUGGUUGUGACACCAAACUUCCUGAAAUCAUGAAACACUGACAUAUCCACAGUGAGGGAAAGACAAUAGAGUGCAAGGUGCAUUUAGGGAGGCGAUGGCCUGAUGGUAUUAUUACUAGAUUAUUAAUCCAGAGACCUAGGUAAUGUCCUGGGGACCUGGAUUCGAAUCCUGCCAU